AUGAAUUUCUACAAAGAUGGUAAGAAAGUGAUAUCUGGGAAAUAUCACGAAGGGCUUUACUAUCUUGAAGGCACGGUUGUUAAGGCUGAAAAGAGUGUACCACAUGCUGAAAAUGGUGGAAAAAGUGUUGUCAAGGCUGUAGUUGGAGUGAGGAAGAAGAAGUCAAGGAAGGAAUCAUCAGUUCAAGGAGGAGAUGAAUCCUCAACAGAAGAAUCAGAUUGUUUAGAGGAGGUUAAAUCUGAGAAAAGUGAAGGACCUUCUCAUAACCAGCCACUGUUGAGAGAUCACAACAAGGAGUGGAUGUUUUGUGAUAAAAGGGGACUCGUUAAAGUUGAAAUGAAAGAGUUGGAAAAAGCUUCAAGGAUUCAGGGAAUGGAGGUUAACAGAGAUAAAGCUAAGGGAGUUCUAGCUCUGUUACAAGAAAGUCAGGAAAAGGAAGCUAAGACUUUCAAAAUGUAUGAAGCUACAAUAGUUGGUACCAACUACAUCUCAUUUCAGAUUAAUGAGCUUAACUACAGAAGGGAAGGAAUCGGAAGAAACCUACCAAGAAGAAGAAGCUGGUGUGAGACUAAGUGUCGAAGAAUGAGACAAGGGAGAAAGACUCUUAUUGUAAGAGAGGGUCUUAGCUACUAUCUUAGUGUCGUUUUAGGCUUGUGGAUCAAUCAAACAAACUUUCUAAAAUCUCUCUUAUCUCUCUUCUUCUCGACCUUAAAGGGCUUAUCAGUUGCUUUCGCCGGAGGUAGCCAUCAAAGUAGUCGGAAUCUGAGUUUGAUUUUGUCAUUGAAAGGCAAGCUCCAUCUUCUCCAUGUCGAGAACAAGAGAGCUCGGUGGGGAAAGGAGGAGACGAUGGCUGACGGGGAAAAAUUCGUAUGUUCGCCGGAGGUCGUUGGAGUCUGGCAGUGGUGUUGGUUUCACGAUAUGAGAAAGAGAUGACGUUGGUUGUCGGAGAUGUCGAUGUCGUCGAGGAAGUGUGUUGUUGUCAAAAGGUGGAGAUUGUUAUUGGGUUUGACCAAAACACACAACAUUGGGCUUUUAUUGGGCCAGACGGAGUUAAUAUAAAGAAAAGAAGAACAAAAGUGGUCCAUCACACACAUAUAUAUAUAUAUAUAUAUAUAUAUAUGUGGAUGUAGGUGUGAGACAAGACACAAAGAGAGUUCUAGAGAGAAAGAGAAGAAACGAGAGUUUAUUCUUCAAGAAGCUUUCUCCUUCUUUGUUCUUUGUGUUUGAUCUUUGUUCUUCUUGAGAUUGUACCUGAAACCAAAGACAACAUCACAAGUCAAGUGGUGUUUGUAAUCUCUUUGAUAUAGUGAAGCUUUGGGAGCAAGAGAUCUCUCCUCAGACAUAGCGGUUAAGCCGUGAA